AUGCAGAGAAGCAGCCCCGCCGGGGCCCCCGCCCUGCACCUGCUCACCUCCUACUUCAUCGACAGCAUCCUGGGCAGCCGCGGCCCCGCCGCGGGACACCACGGCGGGGACCCCGCGGAAGCUCGGGCGCCCUCCCGAGGCCCGCUGACGGCGGCGGAGACGCCCGUCGGACUGCCCGCCAGCGCAGGGGACGAGAAGGAAGCCGGCGCGGGCGGGAGCGUCGACGGCGGCGCCGGGGCGGCCGGGGGCGGCAGCGAGGCUCCCGCGGCGGGGCCGCUGAAGAGAAAGCAGCGCCGCUACCGCACCACCUUCAGCAACUUCCAGCUGGAGGAGCUGGAGCGCUCCUUCCGCAAGUCCCACUACCCCGACGUGUUCACCAGGGAGGAGCUUGCAAUGCGGCUAGACCUCACAGAAGCCAGAGUCCAGGUCUGGUUCCAAAACCGAAGGGCAAAGUGGAGGAAACGCGAGAAAACCGAGAUUUUAGGAAGCCUGCCCAGCCUCUCCUUAAUGCAUCCCUUGGGCCUGUACUUGGACAUUCCGCUGACUCAAGCACCCCUGCUGGACCCCACGUGGAGAUCGGUGCCUGUGACCCCAACAUUCAGCCCUGCAGCCUUGACCCCCUUUGGCCUCAGCAGCCUCACCUGGACCUCCCUUUUCCGGAACCCAAUUUUAAGCCCUCAGCUCAACAGGUUUCUCAGUGCUUUAAACCCCCUUGUGACUACCGCCUCAGUCCUGAUGAAAGCUCCCGGACCCCCGGCAGACCCUGUUGUAACGGCCUUUGCCGAUCCCCUUGCAGCUGAAAGGAAAACGUCCAGCAUUGCGGACCUGAGACUCAAAGCAAAAGAACAUUCUGCGCAAAUUCCUUCCCGGAGCCUGGCGCCUGCUCACACAAGCGCAAGCAAGGAGCAUCUUUGUUAA